AUGUCAGACUUAGCGGGUUAGCAAAGGGUAGGGGUUUGUACUUGAUUAUUCGAGUGAUAGUGCUGCACUUGGACGCCUAAUACUAGACAGAUGACUUGAUACGGACAUCCACCUACCCGACAAUAUGGCAGCAUGUUGUGGAUGCUGCUCUGCUCUUAAGCCAAGAUGGAAGCGUCUCGUCGACAACAUCUUCCCAGUUAACCCAGAGGAUGGACUUGUCAAGAAUGAGAUGGACAAGCUGACAUUUUAUGCCAUAUCCUCACCGGAAAAGCUGGACAGAAUUGGAACCUACAUGGAAAAAAAACUUGCCAGUGACAUACACCGUAGGAGGAUAGGACUGGUGUUCGUUGCCAUGGAUGCCCUAGAUCAGCUUCUAGUGUCCUGUCAUUCUCACUCCCUCAACCUGUUUGUUGAGAGUUUCCUGAAGAUGGUCCAAAAACUCCUUGAGUUGGAUGAACCAGACCUACAGAUUCUUGCCACACAGUCGUUUGUUAAAUUUACCAAUAUUGAAGAAGACACACCAUCCUACCACAGACGUUACGACUUCUUUGUGUCAAAGUUCAGCUCCAUGUGUCACAGCGGGAAAUCUAAUGAUGAAAUAAGAACAAGGAUACAGAGUGCAGGAUUACGUGGUCUACAGGGCGUAGUGAAAAAGACGGCCAGUGACGAUCUUCAGGUGAACAUUUGGGAGGAUGUCCACAUGGACAAAAUUGUACCGUCUCUUCUCUAUAACAUGCACAAUCAGAAUUUUAUGUGCCUGGACUUGGAUAGUCCUAAAGAUGAGGAACAUCCGGCUUAUAUUGCAGAGCAGGUGUUCCGAGACCUGGUGUGUCGGGGAUCCUACGGCAACAUCAGAACCGUCCUACGACCUGUCCUCAUACAUAUGGACAAUCAUAAGCUCUGGGUACCCAAUGACUUUGCUAUCAAGUGCUUCAAUAUUAUAAUGUAUUCUGUCCAGCAACAGUAUGCCUACCUGGUGGUACAGAUGUUGAUGUCCCACCUGGACAAACGAGUUAACAGUGACCCGGCCAUAAAGACCAGCAUCAUUGAUGUUCUCUUCCACUCUGUACUCAUUGCUGCUGGCGGCUCUCUGGGUAGUGGCCCCUCAGUCCUGGAUGUGUUCAACACCCUACUCCGACACCUGAGGAUCUCUGUGGACAACAAGAGUCAGGAUGCAGAGAUGAGGGAGAUGGAGAAGAAGUUUGAGGAGGCCAUUAUCAUUGUUAUAGGAGAAUUUGCCAACCAUCUUCCCGACUACCAGAAGAUAGAAAUAAUGAUGUUUGUCAUGGGCAAGUUUCCACAACUAGACCAGGAGGAAAUAGGAAUAUCUAUAGACAUCCAGCUACAGACAAUGUUGCUGAAGACGUUACAGAAGGUAGCCGCGACAUACAAGACGAUAUAUAUGGCCAACACAUUCCACCCCGAGUUCCUGACCGGUCUGUUACAGCUCUCUCAGCUGGAGGACCCGUCCAUGAGGAUUACCGUGCAGGAAAUACUGCACAGUCUCAUAGACCGACACAACAACACGCCAAAGUUCAAGACCAUUGUUAUCCGCAAAGAUAUUAGCCAGGUGGCUCUUAAUGAAGCAAAAGUAUCGGGACAAGACAGCUUAUUUAUGAAAAAGAACAAUGUCCAGUUCUACACUCACAUCAUGGAAAAUGUACAGAUGGAGAGUAACAAAGUAGAUAAUUACGAGGCCCUGUAUUGUACCAUGUGUCUGUUGGCUGUGGAGCUUGGCUCUGAGGAAAUCCUCACCGAAAUGCUGCGACUUGGACUAGAUAUACAGCAUUCAGUGAUGACACAAACGAGUCUGCCCAUGACCCACAGGUGUGCCAUACAUGGACUGGUGGCAGGGUUCAUCAACCUUGUGGCCCAGCUUGUCGGCCAGACACCACUCUGUCAAUACGUCAAAGAAGUGAUAGACAUCAGACGUGAUGAGGCUCCCUACCUACUGCCAGACUUUGCAUUUAACAGAUCCAACAGACCCAGCAGCUACUCUCAAAUUGACAAUGUCCAGUCUAAGUGUCUGUUUGACCAGGCCACACUACAGCAAUUCCUUGUGGACUGUGGCCAAGAUGCUUCCAGACUGACCAAUCCGAUAGCCGUCAAGCCCUUCAGCACACUCGGUGUGAGGAAUGGGGACCCGAACGAUAUGGCCGUAAGUGGAAGUGCCAGUGACGUUGGCUCCAUCAACUUUGAUAUUGAGAGCGCAGAAGGCUCGCCGAUAUUCUCCAGGAGAUGGACAGAUGAAGAGAUCACAGUCGAGUCCCUGAAGAAGAUGUUAGCUGAGGACAACACUGAGAAGAAAGAGGAAGAAGCAAGGAAGAGACAGGAGAUUUAUCAAACUUACCGCACCGCCCCAUUUGAGGAGAUUGUGGCUCGCUCUGAACAAAAAUCAUGUAAGUUCCAUACCAAGCUUACGGAGAUUCUGGACAUGGUGUCCCGCCCGCCCGACAGUCCAGAGAGGAUGCGUAAAUCCCUCCAGAUGUCACCCAAGGCUGUGUUUGAUGUGUCUUUCCCUGACCUGUUUGUGUACUGAUCUGUUUGAUGGAAGUCUGCCAGGAUUAUGUCCCUUUAUCUGUUUGUGUGUCAUUUUAAUUGGAGGCCUCUAUGCAUGUUACCUCCUUUUACCUGUUUGUUAUCUGAUCUGUUGUUGGUUUACUGGGAGACUGGAGGUUACCUCCCUUUACCUUACUAGGAAGCUGCCAUGUUAUCUCUCCAUAACUGUUUAAAAGGAUGAUACCUGAGGUAACCUCUUCUUACCUGGUAGUAUACCAAUCUCUGGAAGGCUACCUCCCCUGAUUUGGUUGUGUACCAAUUUGUGGAAGGUUACCUCCCCUGACCUGGUUGUGUACCAAUGUGUGGAAGGUUACCUCCCAUUAUCUGGUUGUGUACCAAUUAUGUGGAAGGUUUCCUCUCCUUACCUGGUUGUGUUCCAAUAUGUGGAAGGUUACCGGGGUCCCCUGACCUGGUUGUGUACCAAUGUGGAAAGUUACCUCCCCUUACCUGAUUGUGUACCAAUCUGUGGAAGGUUACCUCCCCUUACCUGGUUGUGUACCAAUCUGUGGAAGGUUACCUCCCCUGACUUGGUUGUGUACCAAUCUGUGGAAGGUAACCUCCCCAUACCUGGUUAAGACAAAUCUGUGGAAGGUUAUCUCCCCUUACCUGGUUGUUUACCAAUCUGUGGAAGGCUGCCUCCGCUUACAUUGUUUGUUUACCUAUUUUUGUCCAUUACCUUCCCUUUUAACCAAACACUAGUCUCUUUCUGUUAUAUGUCAGUUUUGACAUAUCAUAAAAUUAUUUCAAUAAACAAUGAAAAGAAAUUGAAUUUGGUGUGUAAUUGUAAUUUGCUGGGUAAAAAUGGUAUGUAAAAUGUCUAGUUUUAUUUCACUUCAGUCCAUGAACAUUUUGACAAAUAUACAGUCUGUGACCAUUUUGACAAAUAUACAGUCUGUGACCAUUUUGACCAUUUUACACAAAGCAAAAUAAUCAGUUUUGGGAGAGGCACAGGGCAAAGUGGGGAUGGGGUAGGGUAAUCUCUAUAACAGGUCAGGCCAAUGUUUGAAAGAGAAUGGAGUAGUACUUGGAACAAAAAGAGAAUAUUUUGUGACAUUUCCAACAGAAUUAAGAACAAAGGUACCUUAUUGUGUGAAGUUUAGUAUUAAAUAUUUUGCAAUUUACUGUAGACACACUUAUCUGAGUGGUUGAUUUAUUUCAGCGCUUUUAAUGAAGAAUUUGGUAGGCAAAUUCAUUCUUAUUUCAAGUGCUAAAUGGAAAAGUUUAAAUUGGAUGAAUGGUCGUUGUGCCGUUAUGUGAUAUACCAAUUUAAGUUUGCCUGUAGUAUUACAGCAAUAGAUAUAAAUGUGAUAUCAUAUUUAUUAUGAAUAUAAAUAACAGAAGAAAUAAAAUACAUAACAGCAUCAAGAUUUCAUAUAUUUGUCCUGUUCAUAACAUUUAAAGUUUGGUAGGUAAUCCUCAUAUGUUUUAACUGUAGCAGUAUUUUGGAAGAUGUAAGUAUGUUCUUAGCAAGCUUUUGCUUUUUCCACGGUCUAAUGGGUUUCUGACUCCCACAGUCUACUGGGUUUCUGACUCCCACAGUCUACUAGGUUUCUGACUCCCACAGUCUUCAGGGAUUUCCAACUACCCUGGCUUCCAUUGGUUUCUGACUUCCACAGUCUUCAGGGAUUUCCAACCUAAGUGUUGAAGUUGCAAUUGGUUUACAUGUUCAUCUCAAAUCUUUCACAAAUGAUUUUUAUGAAAAAAAUCAACAUUUGACCAAGUUUCACAAGAAUUUAGUCAAGUGUAUGUUGUAUGUUGCCUUAGUUAUGAUAGAAUGUGAAAAAAGAUAGCUCUGUGAUUGGUUGUGGAAUGUUUUAGUAGAAGUAUGUUUAAAGACCUGAUUGAACCUCGAUUCUUGUCAGAUUUUAGAUUGUUUCCAAUACAAUUAAAAAUGAUUAUUAAAAAAUAUGAAAUAAAUUACAUAUUAUUUUCGAUGGCGAUAAGAUUGAGUCCAAGGACAUGUAAAUAUUGGAUUUUGAUUCUAAGAUUUUUAAGAUAAUGGCCUAAUAUGACCUUACCAUCAGUCUAAAGUAAGAAUGAUUAAAUUGUCCUUUGUAAGAAAUGUGUUUGAUGUGGCAUUUAGCAAAUGAAACUUGGUGCAACCAUGUCAAGGUGGUGUAUUACUUCCGAAAGGAAAAUGAGUGGAAAUGUUUUUAAUGAGAUUUUUUCGUUGUUGUAAUUUCUACACAGCUUGUAAUAUGACUAAAAUACUUGUAUUAAUGUACACCAUGUACUCUGUUCCCAAGGAAUUUCUUUGUAUUUCAUGAAAAUUAUUAUUUGUGAUAUUUAGUUUUUCGGACGUUGGUGUUUUGUGGUAAAUAUUGUAGUGUAAGACACUUUUGUAAAAUUAGGCUUAACACAAUAUAUGUGGUCGGUGUGUCCAGCACCGAUAUACAGGUAAAUAUAGGUCUUUGUGGUCAGUGUGUCCCGUACCGAUAUACAGGUAAAUAUAGGUAAAGUUUUUAACCUUACUGGAUAUACUGUACCUACUUUUAUUUCUAGACCACAUGUUGUCUCCAACAUUCAAUUAGAGUAAUUUUUAUUCUAAAUCCAGUCAAAAAAAAUGAUAUCAGUUCAGCCUUUAAUUUAUUAUUAAACAAAUAUUAACAAUUUACUUGAAUUGAAUGAAUGAAGAAUUUAACAGAAACUUGAGUGAAUUUGUAGGAAGAGUAGGAGAAUAUUCAGUAAACAGGCAUCAAGACAUAUUUUACACAUACUUAAGUCUCACAAUUUGGUAUGAAAGAAACAAUUUAUCUAUACAUGUUUUUGCUUUAAAUGUUAAUUUGCAUAUUAUUUAUAAAAUUAAUUAAUUUAAUACUUUUAUGUACAAAUAAUUUUUAUCGUAGCAGUAUUUGCACAAAGUUGAGAAUAGUUGUGUAUAUGAUCAUGUACCCUGGUACAUGUACAUUGUAUUUUAUGUUAAUUAUGCAAUAGAACUGUAAUAAACGAUGUUACCUCAAA